GAUGUUUCGAAAUAUAUUGUACCAUCUCUACAUGUGCUUCAUUGUUUGGAAUAGUAUAACCUCUAAGAUACGUGUUUCCCGCCAAGUGCAAUUAAACAUUGUAUACUUUUAAAUUGUAAAAAGAUAUGUCUAAGGAAAAACCAGAAGAAUCAGAAAAUGAAUUUAUGUUGCGGCCAAUGAAUUGUGAGUUAAAUCAGCUAUCUAUGCCUGAUGGAUCAGCGAUGCUAAUGCAAGGAAAUACUGCUGUAGUUGCUGGAAUAUAUGGACCAAUAGAAGCAAAACCUCAAAAAAUGAUUUAUGAUAAAGCAUCAAUCGAAGUAUCAUAUAUUCCAGUCAAAGGUCCAGCGAAGAUUGAUGAUAGAAUGACAGAAAUGUAUAUUAAAGAAACUUGCGAAGCCGCAAUAAUUGUUACUUUUCAUCCAGCAACUGCUAUAUGCAUUAACAUACAAGAAAUGGAAGAUUCUGGUGGGAUGUUAGCCUGUACAAUUAAUGCAGCUUGUUUAGCACUUAUUAAUGCUGGUAUUCCAAUGAAAUUUACUAUUGCAGCAGUUAAUUGUAUGAUACAGGAAGGCACUAAUAAUAUUAUAUUAGAUCCUGAUAAUAUUCAGUUACAAGAUGCUAAAGCAGAAUUUACAUAUGCAUUUGAUAGUAUGAAAAAAGACAUUAUAUGUUCUUAUACUGCUGGUUGUUUUACAGAAGAAGAAUUUUUAGAAACAAUAGAUAAAUGUAAACAAGCUAGCCAAUAUGUAUUUGAUUUUUAUAGAAAUCUUGUAAAAAAGUAUGCAAAUGUAAUAUAAUAUAUACAAAUAUUUUUAUAGAA